AGCCAGCUCAAGGAGCCGAGUCCACUGCUGUCAUCCGAUGAAGAAAAUCCACUGGUCCCGUCUAAUGCUAAAAGUCAGCUAGUCUUGUUUGAUGGUCAGCCCUCUCAGUUGCUGGUCUGGACCGACUGUCAGGAUCCAGUCUCUGGGAUUAAAGAGGAAGAGGGCAGUGAUAGAGAUGAAGAUUACAGACAAUCUGUAGAGGGAACUGAUCCUAGAACAGAACAGACCAUUUCUUCAGCUGCAGACAUUAAACCUGAACUGCUGCAGGUACAAGAGAAGUCAAACAUGGCUCCAGUCCUGUGUUCCAAAACAGAUCUGUCCCCUUCAGACCAACAAGCUCUGGUCCAGUUAAGGACUGUGUCCGUGGUGCUGGUGGACUGUUGUAGAACACUGGGCCAGCAAAAGACAGACGACAGCAACAGAAAGCAGCCCAACACUCAAGCAUCAUCUCUCUCAUCCUCGGAGACCCCAGCAUUCCCCUCCAUGUCACAUACAGAGACAGAGAAAUCCAAAAAACACUCCUGUUCUGUGUGUGGUAGAAACUUCCACUUCCGGUCUCAGCUCAGGAAACAUCAUUAUGUCCACACAGGUAGGAGGCCACACUCCUGCUCCUUGUGUGGUAUGGAAUUCACUUCACUUCAAGAUCUCAAAAGGCAUAAGCGGAUUCACUCAAGAGAAAGGCCUUACUCAUGCCCCCAGUGUGGCAAGAGUUUUCUGCGACGAGUCCAUCUGAAAGUCCAUCAGCACAUUCACACAGGAGAGAGGCCAUUCCUGUGCACUGACUGUGGUAAGAAGUUUACCUAUGAAGGAGAUCUCAGAAAACACCAGCGCAUUCACACAGGAACAAAGCCAUUCCAGUGCACUGAUUGUAGUCAGAGGUUUACUUACAACGGAGAUCUCAAAAGGCAUCAGCAGAUUCACACAGGGGAGAGGCCGUACCACUGCGAUCAGUGUGGCAAGAGCUUCACUCGAGGGGACAGUCUUAAAAUACACCAGCGCAUUCACACAGGAGAGAGGCCAUUCCUGUGCACUGACUGUGGUAAGAAGUUUAUCUGUGAAGGAAAUCUCAAAAGGCACCAACGCAUUCACACAGCAGAGAGGCCACAUUUUUGCACUCAGUGUGGCCAGAGUUAUUCUUCUCUUCAUUGUCUAAAAAAACACCAGAAUAAACAUUUCGGACAGAAUAUGUAGACUUGCCGUGAGAUAUACUAUUUCAAGUUCUGUGUUCCAGUUUUUCAACAGUUAUGUUUCUCCAUGUGUGUAGUCUGAUGUUUCUAUUAAAAGGUUCGAUUCCCGGCCCGUGGUCCUUUCCGGAUCCUAUCCU